CAAAAAUAUCCCAAAAAUAAUUUUCCCCGAAACUAAAGCCGUGGGCUUAAACCCCACGCCAUGUGGAACGUUGCAGUAUAUAAACCCGAGAGAUUCUCUUUCUUUUCUCCGCACUCAUUUAUUCGCUCUCACUUUCUCUCUCCUCCGUCUCAAUUCCUCUGCUUCAGAAGACAUAGAAGAAAGGUGAAGAGUCGAGGCGAGGCGAUUGUUAGGGCGAUGCCUUCGUCGUCCUCCUCUGCUCCGCUCGGCGAAGAGAAGAAGAGCGAAGAGGCGUUUCGACUCAGCGAGUCCACCUUCUUGGCCUCGCUCAUGCCGAAGAAGGAGAUCGGCGCCGAUCGCUUCCUCGAGUCCCAUCCCAACUACGAUGGGAGAGGCGUCGUCAUCGCGAUCUUCGAUUCUGGCGUUGACCCAGCUGCUGCUGGCCUACAGGUGACGUCAGAUGGCAAACCCAAAAUCAUUGACAUACUCGAUUGCACAGGGAGUGGAGAUGUUGAUACCUCCAAAGUGGUGAAGGCUGAUGCUGAUUGUUGUAUUGUAGGGGCAUCAGGAACACGGCUGUUUGUGAAUCCCUCAUGGAAAAAUCCUUCUCAAGAGUGGCAUGUUGGCUGUAAAUUAAUAUAUGAACUCUUUACAGAUACUCUUGCUUCUCGGAUGAAGAAAGAAAGGAGGAAGAAGUGGGAUGAGAAAAAUCAGGAAGCAAUUUCAGAGGCUUUAAAGCAUCUCAAUGAAUUUGACAAGAAGUACAGUAAAGCAGAAGAUAUUAAGUUAAAAAAGACACGGGAGGACCUCCAAAAUAGACUCGAUUUCCUUAGGAAACAAGCAGAAAGUUAUGAUGACAGAGGACCUAUAAUAGAUAUAGUUGUCUGGAAUGAUGGUGAGGUAUGGAGGGUUGCUGUAGAUACACAGUGUCUUGAGGAUGACCCAGGCUGCAAAAAACUGGCUGAUUUUGUUCCUUUGACAAAUUACAGGAUUGAACGGAAGUUUGGCGUAUUUAGCAAACUGGAUGCUUGCUCUUUUGUUACGAAUGUUUAUGAUGAAGGAAAUCUUGUAAGUAUAGUAACUGAUUGCUCUCCCCAUGGUACCCAUGUUGCUGGUAUUGCAACUGCAUUCCAUCCCAAGGAGCCAUUGCUAAAUGGAGUUGCACCUGGAGCUCAGUUGAUUUCCUGUAAGAUUGGAGACACACGCUUAGGCUCAAUGGAAACUGGAACUGGUCUGGUUCGGGCAUUAAUUGCUGCAGUGGAGCACAAAUGUGAUCUCAUCAACAUGAGCUAUGGAGAGCCUACACUUCUGCCUGAUUAUGGACGAUUUAUUGAUCUUGUUAAUGAGGUGGUAGACAAGCACCACCUGAUAUUUAUAAGUAGUGCUGGAAACAAUGGACCUGCACUAAGCACUGUAGGUGCACCUGGUGGGACUAGUUCAAGCAUAAUAGGCAUUGGUGCAUAUGUCUCCCCUGCAAUGGCUGCUGGGGCUCAUUGCGUGGUUGAACCUCCAUCUGAGGGAAUGGAAUAUACAUGGUCUAGUCGAGGUCCUACAGUUGAUGGGGAUCUUGGUGUAUGUGUAAGUGCGCCUGGUGGAGCUGUGGCUCCUGUACCCACAUGGACACUGCAGCGCCGUAUGCUUAUGAAUGGAACUUCCAUGGCAUCUCCCUCUGCGUGUGGUGGGGUAGCCCUUCUUAUUGGUGCGAUGAAGGCUGAAUGUCUUCCUGUGAGUCCAUAUGCGGUACGAAAAGCCCUGGAAAACACUACAACUUCUAUUGGGGAUGUGCCUGCAGAUAAACUAACAACUGGCCAUGGUCUUUUGCAAGUUGAUAGGGCGUAUGAGUAUGUUCGACAAGCUAAAGGCUUUCCAUCUGUCUCCUAUAGAGUUUCAAUUAAUCAAGUUGGAAAAUCGACACCUAUAUUACGAGGAAUCUAUCUAAGGGAGAGUACUGCUUGUCUUCAAACCAGCGAGACAGCUGCAGCAGCAGAAUUUGUCUCAGAGGCUACUUUCCACUACAUUCUAUUUACCUUCUAUUUUCCUUCUAUUUUCAUACUUCUCUUCUUCUGUUCCGCUAUAAAACUGUACCAUACCCUUUUCUUUGUGCAGUGGACUGUGCAAGUUGACCCAAAGUUUCAUGAAGAUGCCAGUAAUUUGGAACAGUUAGUUCCAUUUGAGGAGUGUAUACAACUGAUUUCCAGUGAUAAAUCGAUUGUCCAAUCUCCUGAGUAUCUUCUAUUGACACACAAUGGACGUAGUUUCAACAUAGUUGUGGAUCCUACUAUUAUUAGCAAUGGGUUGCACUAUCACGAGAUCUAUGGCAUUGAUUGCAAAGCUCCAUGGCGUGGUCCUCUUUUCCGUGUACCAAUCACUAUUGUCAAGCCUCUUACCUUGACUGGGCGGCCACCAAUAUUUUCAUUCUCAAAUCUCUCAUUCCGACCAGGCGAUAUUGAAAGGAGGUUUAUAGAUGUGCCGCUUGGCGCUACAUGGGCAGAGGCCACGAUGCGAACUUCAGGGUUUGAUACGGCCCGGAGAUUCUUCAUUGAUACUGUUCAGAUAUGUCCGUUGGAGCGGCCUAUUAAGUGGGAGGCAGUUGUCACGUUUCCUUCUCCUUCUCUUAAAAGUUUCACUUUUCCCGUCAAAGGUGGUUUGACGAUGGAGUUGGCUAUUGCUCAGUUCUGGUCUAGUGGCAUAGGUAGUGAUGAAGCUACCCUUGUUGAUUUUGAGAUUGUCUUUCAUGGAAUAAGUACCAAUCUAGAGGCAGUGGUACUUGACGGAAGUGAGUCACCAAGACGACUUGUUGCUACAUCACUCUUGGCAUCUGAGAAACUUAUGCCUGUUGCUACCCUUAACCAGAUGAAGCUAUCAUAUAGGCCUGUGGAUUCUAAUCUUAUUUUGCUUCCUGGAAAUCGUGAUAAAUUACCUUCUGGCAAGCAGAUUAUGGCGCUGACGUUAAUUUACAAGUUCAAGUUGGAGGAAGGAGCUGAAAUAAAGCCUUGCGUCCCCCUACUAAAUAACCGAAUAUAUGAUAAUAAAUUUGAAUCUCAAUUUUAUAUUCUGUCAGAUUCUAAUAAGCGUGUUUAUUCAACAGGUGAUGUCUACCCUGAUUAUGUAAAAGUUCCUAAGGGUGAUUACACAUUACAGCUACAUAUAAGGCACGAAAAUAUUCAUUUCUUGGAGAAAAUGAAGCAAUUAGUUUUAUUUAUUGAAAGGAAGUUAGAGAAAAAGGAUCACAUUCAGUUGAGCUUUUUCUCUGAACCUGAUGGUCCCAUAAUAGGAAAUGGCGCCUUCAAGUCGUCAGUUUUAGUUCCUGGUUUGCCGGAAGCAUUUUUCGUCGGCCCACCAUUGAAAGAAAAACUUCCAAAGAAUGCUCCACCUGGAGCGGUAUUGCUUGGAUCAAUAUCAUAUGGUACAGUAACACUGAACAAUAAGAACGACACUAAAAACAACCAACAAUCUCCAGCAUCUUAUCACAUUUCUUAUCUUAUCCCAUCAUCCAAGGCUGAUGAGGAUAAAGGAAAGGGCACUUCUGCUUGCACCAAGAGUGUUUCUGAGCGUCUAGAGGAAGAGGUGCGGGACGCUAAGAUUAAAUUUCUUUCUAGCCUGAAACGAGAUACUGAAGAAGAGAAAGCAGUCUGGAAGGAACUUACUGCUUCUUUUAAGUCGGAGUAUCCAAAUUAUACGCCUUUGCUUGCAAAAAUUUUGGAGUCCUUGCUUUCAGGAGCUGCUAAUGAGGACAAGUUUAGCCAUAGUGAAGAGAUUAUUACUGCAGCUAAUGAGGUUAUAGAUAGUGUUGAUCGAGAAGAGUUGGCAAAGUACUUUUCUCUCAAGCCAGAUCCUGAUGAGGAAGAGGCUGAGAAAGUCAAGAAGAAAAUGGAAGCAACACGGGACCAAUUGGCCGAAGCUUUAUAUCAAAAGGGGUUGGCGCUUGCCGACAUUGAAUCAUGCAAGGUUGAUCAGCCGGCAAACAAAUCUGACGAAGAUCUCGGGCAAGCUGUCUCUCUUAGCAAGGCAGGUGAUCAGUCAGAUAUAUUUGAAGAGAACUACAAAGAGUUGAAAAAAUGGGUGGAUGUUAAGUCUGCAAAAUACGCCAUGCUCGUGGUGGUGCAUGAAAGACGAUGUGGAAGACUUGGAACAGCAUUAAAGGUACUAAAUGAUGUGAUUGAAGACGAGUCUGAGCCACCAAAGAAGAAGCUCUAUGAUCUCAGGAUCCAACUGCUUGAUGAAAUCGGGUGGGCUCACGUAGGCUCCUAUGAGAAGCAGUGGAUGCAUGUGCGCUUUCCUUCAUGCUUGCCUCUGUUCUAAUUCCAUCUCUAUAAUUUCCAUGUUUGUUUACUGUAUACCAAAAUUAUUUAUUCGUCAGUGUAGACUAAUAAGUAUUUAUGUCGUCACCAUAGACUAUGAACGAUCAAUAUUAGCCAUCUAUUUAGGGCUACUGCUGACAUCUAUUAGGAGUGAGGCUUAGGCUCUGUUUGGCCGCGCUGUCGCAUGCCCGUUUGCGGUGCAUGACCGCGCAAAAAAGAGGAAAAUUGGGAAGCUCCGAUGUUGGAGCUUUCCCAAAAAGCAUUGCGGGGCAGCCUGCUCAUGGGCCACACUGCAGGGCCAAACAAGCCCUCUUGUCGGAUUGCCGAGUGAUAUAUUUCCCUUCAUUCAUGAGCUGAAACGUUUGAAAAUGUUUUGUAGGAUUUAGCUAUAAAUUGGAACACUGAUGACAUCGUGUCAUUGUCGCAUUUUCACUGACAAAUUGCUCUUUAUGCACUCCCUAGAUACCUCAAAUUUGCACUGAAAACUUUUACUCAUACCUUUUUUAAUGUUUGUUGGGCUGUGUAUGUAGACAAGCUGUUUCUAUUUUAUAGGUGUAUAUGUUGCUUUUUCUUUCUUUUU